UGAUGGUGGCCGCAGAAAUCAGUCCUGAUGUGGAGCGCCAUGAGCAAUGGAGGGACCAACCUCAGAACCAGCCUUUGUCGACGUGGAUAAAGGGUUAACACUGGCAUGCUUUGUCUUCCUUUGCCUUUUCUUGAUUGUCAUGAUUAUUCGCUGUGCCAAAGUCAUCAUGGACCCUUACAGCGCCAUCCCAACAUCCACGUGGGAAGAACAGCACCUGGAUGACUAAGGAGGAGGGAGGCAGGGAAAGAGGCAGGGCAAUGAGUAUGCAAGAACCUGGACCAACCAGAAGAGUACAACACAGAUGGCCACCUCCUGCCACUGGGGGCAUGGGAUCUUAGCCAGCUACUCCAAGGCUGCAUCGGUUCUGCCGAUAGCACACUGGUUUCUGCACAUGACCUGUUCCUGUGCCGUUCUUCCAGCCUAUGUGGUGACCUCCAAGAUUUAAUGAGAAAAAACAUUACAAUGGUCUGUCAAAAUAGCACAAAAGCUCUCUAAGCAAUAGAAGCCCCUUACCAGCUUCUCCUCUCACUAAGCACCUUCUUGCCAUUCAAAUCAAUAUUGUUUUUAAUUGGAAACAAACACACAGCAUGGUUACCAGGCAGAUAUUAGGGUGCUAAGGGUAAAAGGACUGUGGGUGCCUGAAACACAACCACUGUGUGUUGUGAGGUUGAUUAAAAGUGUG